AUGGAUGGACGAGAACCUCGUCCAGGAUUGGACGACCAAGGUAUUCGCCCCAAGCAUGCACCCAUGGGGGUCGCUAACAACCUCAACCACCUGGCGGCUUCUGUGAAGAGCACCUUCAACCUGCUGCGCGUCAUCCCAUCAACCAUUCCAGAGUCCGAGGAGGAGGAGGAGGAGGAGGAGGAGGAGGAGGAGGAGGAGGAGGAGGAGGAGGAGGAGGAGGAGGAGGAGGAAGAGGAGGAGUAG